AGAAUAGAUACAGAUAGAAAUUUAAUUUGGUAAGACGGAAAAGAUCAAAAAGAGAGAAGGAGAAAGCGCGGUCGAAAGGAAGAAAACCGCGCUAGGAAAAUGACUAAGUGAAAAGCUCGAAACGAUCUAAAAGUGGAAUUUCAGUGUGCUGAAGGGUGAGAGAGAUAGAGAGAGAGAGAGAGAGAAAGAGAAAGAGAAAGAGAGAGAGAGAGUAGCAGGAUACGCAAAAUGUGGAAUAUGAUGUGCGACGUGAUGCCGACUAUUGCGGAGGACAGCAUUAGUCAGAGGAGUUCGCAAUAUUCCGGCGAGGAUGCGAACUUCGAGCAGCUAAUGGUUUCGAUGCUUGACGAGAGAGACAAACUGGUGGAAUCGCUACGGGAGAGCCAGGAACGGUUGCAGGAGACAGAAGCGCGUUUGCAGGAGGUCGAGAAGGAACGGGACUCGCUGAAUCGUCAACUAAACGCUAAUAUCCCUCAGGAUUUCUCUCAGUUAACGAAGGAGCUUGCAGCAGCCCGCGAAAGUAUCCUAGAGAGGGAAGAAGAAAUAUCGGAGUUAAAAGCAGAGAGGAAUAAUACUCGUCUUCUGCUCGAGCAUCUGGAAUGUCUGGUUUCCCGACAUGAACGAUCGCUUAGGAUGACUGUAGUGAAGAGGCAAGCGGCUGCACAAUCUGGAGUAUCGUCCGAAGUUGAAGUGCUCAAAGCUCUAAAAAGUCUGUUCGAGCAUCACAAGGCUUUGGACGAGAAAGUGCGUGAACGAUUGCGAGUUGCACUUGAAAGAAACACCAGUUUGGAAGAAGAGUUAGUUAUUACCAAAGAAGAGCUCCAGCAAUAUAAAUUAAGUGGGCAUGCACCUAAAAAUAUAGAAGAUAGGCCUAAGGAGAAUGGGCAGACAGAGGAUGGUCAGCAACAGAACAAGAAUGAGACUGAGCAGGCAGCAGGCCAGCAGGAACAGCAGCAACAACCGCAGCAACAACAGCAACAACAGCAGUCGAUACAAAAGCUAGGUACGGAGAAGUCAACAGAGAUCGAAAGUAGAUUGAGCAAUGGAAGUCUCGAUCCUGUGGACCAGGAUUCUGCGGCACGCGUAAUAGAUUUGCAAGCCACUCUCGACAAGCAGAGCUCAGAAUUGAGCACAUGGCAACGGCGAGUAGCCGAAUUAAGUGGUCGAGUGACAGAAUUAGAAGAAACAUUGUCCAAAACUCAAAAAGAUCUUCUGAAAACGCAAGAAACAAACGUUAAGCUGCAGAGAGAUUUACGCGAAAAUGUUGCCCAAAAAGAGGACCAAGAAGAGAGAAUAGCGACUCUUGAAAAACGAUAUCUUAAUGCUCAACGAGAGUCUACUAGUUUGCAUGAUCUCAAUGAAAAGCUGGAGCAAGAGCUGCAACAUAAAAAAGCUCAAUUAAAGCUCCAAGAAGAAAAAAUAGCGGCAAUACAAGAGAAAUUAGAACUUGCAGAACAAAAAUUAGCCCAAUAUGCUAAAUUACCAGAAAUGGAAGAGCAAUUAAAACAGAGGAUGGAGGCUCUGACGCAGGUGAGGAGGCCCAACCAGCAGGCUCAAGAAAGACAUGGCAGCGCAGAAGAUAGAAUACAAAGGUUGGAAACACAACUUGAAGAAAAGAAUGCAGAAGUGAUGCGUGUCAAUCAACGACUUAAGAUGAAUGAGGAACAUAAUACGCGACUUAGUACAACUGUUGAUAAACUUUUGUCUGAAUCUAACGAAAGAUUGCAAGUGCAUUUGAAAGAAAGAAUGCAUGCAUUAGAAGAGAAAAACGCACUCACGCAAGAACUAGAGAAGACUAGGAAAAUAGCGGAAGAUCUUCAAAACGAAAAGGCUGAUAUAGUUAAAGAAUUAGGAAAAGCUCGUUUAGAGAUCGACAAUGUGAAAAGACAAAUGCUCCAACAGGAAAUUGCAUUCAAUAUUCAACAAACAGAUGCUCUAACUAGAAGUUUAUCUCCAAAUGCAGUGGAUCCAGGUUCUUUUUCUAGGAGUGCAAGUCAUAGUAGUUUUGAUACUCAUUCUUUGCCAAGAAGAACGGGUAAACGACCUGCAAUUGAAGAAGAUCCGUCAAAGAAUUAUGUAGCACGCACUUUAGCAGAACAGGAAUGGGAAAAAUUACAGCAGGCUCAUGUUCUCGCAAAUGUGCAACAAGCAUUUGAUGUUUCCAGUGAUGCAGAAGGCGAUGGCGAUAAUGAAAGUCUAUUCAGCUGUGCAGCUGAUGUAAUUAGUCCUACAGGACAUACAGAUGCUCAAACACUAGCAUUAAUGUUACAAGAACAAUUAGAUGCAAUUAAUAAUGAAAUUAGAUUAAUUCAGGAAGAAAAACAAAGUACUGAAGCGCGUGCUGAAGAGUUGGAAUCCCGGGUUGGUAGUCUAGAACACAUGAAUUUAUUAGCAAGAGGACGAAGUCUCGAACGAGCAUCUCCACCAUUAAGUGGUCGAUCUACUCCAAAAUCUCAUCAUAGUCCAAAUAGAGAUUAUUUACAUAAAUAUCAUACUGCACCAGCAUCAAUGUCUCCAGCACAUCUCCAUCAAUAUGCUGCUUCUUUAGCUAGUCCAGGUCAACUUUCAGAAUCCCUUCCUGCAAGUCAGUUGCAAUUAUCAGGUGAGGAAUUGCAUUCAGUAAGUGAAAGAGACAGUACUGGUGGUGCAGGAAGUGGUAGCGAUGCAGCUUCACCAUUAACUGCUCGAUCGAUCAGGCUAGAACGAGUAGCACAGGCACUUGCUCACAGUCAAGAGGAGCUCAGAAGACGUACUGGACAAGCCGGAUUUCCUACCAGUGGUUUUCCUGCUCACAGGCAUGGGCAACAUAACAACGGCGCACUCAAUUCUGGGACUCCCCCUUCCCCAUUGUCCUCACGUCAUAGCAGCCAGGACAGUUUGCAUAAGAACAACUUAUCUGGUGUUGGAUUGCCAAUUGGACAACUGUCUAGCUCGCAUUUGCACAUGCAAUCUACCAUGAGUCCAGCAACAGCGGCAGCGGUGGCUGCAGCUCAAAAGAAGAAAGGCAUUAAGAGCAGUCUUGGUAGAUUUUUCAGCAAGAAAGAAAAGAUCAAAGGAAAAGACACACCAAUGCCUGGAGAUAUGUCAGGUAUGGGAGGAGCAAGCACACCUGCUGAUCCUGAUUAUGGAGAUAGUGUCUCUGUAGCUGGAACUAUGGGCAGUAAAAGCGAUUUUGACCGUAGAAAAAAGAAAAGUCCAAGUAUGUUUGGAAGUAUGUUAGAUUCCUCACGGCACGAACUUUUGGCGGAGGCAAUGAAAGCUGGAACACCAUUUGCUCUGUGGAAUGGGCCAACUGUAGUGGCUUGGCUUGAGCUUUGGGUGGGCAUGCCAACUUGGUAUGUUGCAGCUUGCCGGGCAAAUGUCAAAAGUGGUGCUAUAAUGAGUGCUCUUAGUGAUACCGAAAUUCAACGUGAAAUUGGUAUAAGUAAUCCUCUACAUCGAUUGAAAUUGCGAUUAGCUAUACAAGAAAUGGUAUCACUCACAAGUCCAUCAGCACCAAAAACCUCUCGCACAACCUUAGCAUUUGGAGAUAUGAACCACGAAUGGAUUGGUAAUGUUUGGCUACCAAGUCUUGGUUUACCACAAUAUCGAUCCACUUUCAUGGAGUGCCUUGUUGAUGCUAGAAUGUUGGAUCAUCUUACCAAAAAAGACCUUCGUGGUCAACUUAGAAUGGUUGAUAGCUUUCAUAGAACAAGCUUACAAUAUGGCAUUUCAUGUUUAAAGCGAUUAAAUUAUGAUAGGCAACAAUUAGAAGAAAGGAGACGAAUGGCGGAAGGUGCCAACGUCGAUGUUCUUGUAUGGAGUAAUGAUCGCGUUAUAAGAUGGGUGCAAUCUAUCGGCCUGAAAGAAUACGGGAACAACCUCUUAGAAUCUGGGGUACAUGGUGCUCUUAUAGCCCUUGAUGAAAGUUUUGACGCCAAUAGUUUUGCUUUAGCGUUGCAAAUUCCAACCCAAAACACACAGGCUCGACAAUUGUUAGAAAUGGAGUUUACAAAUUUAUUAACUGUGGGAACAGAAAGGCGACUCGACGAAUCGAAUAGUAUAAAAUCCUGAUCCAACUUGUCUAGCAGGCUGCCUCAUAUUCAACCACAUCACGUCUAGUCCAAAACCCCAGCUAUUACUACUUUCUGUAUGCAAGUGUAUUGUAAAAGUUGUAAGAGCUUUAAAUAUCACUCUAAGGGUAUCUUCAUACUGUUAAGAGUUGUAAUAUGCGGUAGUAUGAAAACACGAUCAGGCAUAAAUUGUAAAAAGAAAAGGGUGAUUUAUCGUAUGUUCAAGAAGAAAAUUUAAAAUGUUCUAUCAAUUUUUAUGUCAUAUUUCAUAAACCGCUUGUUACAUACGUCGGAUAAAAAAUGAUAAUUCUGAAUUAAUUACUCUCAUAUAGAUACUGAAAUGUAGUGAGCGGUCAGGAAAUCAUGAAACAUGUAUUUCCUCGAAAGCCAAAACAUCAAUUGUAGGUAAUUAUAUGACAAUAAUUCUGUCUAAUUUUACCUUGAUUUCUUAAGGGUAGCAAGACUUGUAGUUUUCAAAAUGCAGUAGGACCUCGAUAAACUAACUAACUAAUCGGAUACUUAGAUAAAUUGAGCGAAUAAUUUAAGUCUGAGGAGAAAUAGCUAGAAAUACUUUCUGUGUACAAAAUAAGAUUUUUUUAUAAUCAUAAAUAUGUAUAUUUUUUUCAUAUAAUCAUAAACGUGUAUAUUUUACGAUAU